UAUUUAAUAUUGGCUUAAACGGCAUUCCAUACUUGUCAUCCAUUUGACCUAAAAUGUGCUGGUGAUAAUUGGGACCCUACUUAUGUAAUAUUUCCUUUUUUUAAUUUGUAAUUCAUUUCCUGUGCUCCUGUGUCUGGUUUUCUUUUACUUCGCGUGUCUUGUGUUUCCCUGUGAUCGUCUGCACCUGUUCCUAAAGUGUCACACCUGUGUCUCCUUACCUGUGCCCUCUUGUGGGUAUAUAGUCUUUGUGCCUUCCCUUGUUCUUGUUGCAUCGUCCGUUUGUCUCUGUGUAGCCCUGCCAUAUUUCACCUCAGUGCUUGUUUUCCUCGCUUCUGUGUUGAAGUUUUUGGUUUAUUAAGUUUAAGUUGUUUAUUUUGACCUUAUAAAACUGGAGGUCUGUUUUUUUGCUUCCUUUCAUUGUAUACCUUUCCCUCCUAACCUGCAUUGUGGGUCCUGUUCAACCAAACCGUGACAGAAAUGCCAUUUCUGUGACACGUGGUCCUCCAUACAAUGUGCCACAAUGUGAAAUACUAACAUUCACAAGGUCCGUCUGAACUGUGAGGUCCAACCCUCUGGGUUUGGGUCUGCCUAUGCACUCGGUCAGAGAGCUGUUAAGUUUGUUUGCAAUGAAUCCGAGUGCAGAGAGCCACAGUAUUCCUCUCAGCGAUGGGAACCGCAUUCCACUGCUGGGACUGGGCACGUAUGGGGAUCCUCGAACGACGCCCAAAGGCACAGCGCUUGAGUGUGUCAAGCUGGCCAUAGAUGUGGGUUACAGGCACUUUGACGGGGCACUGGUGUAUUUCAACGAGCACGAAGUGGGUCAAGCCAUUCGAGAGAAGAUUGCUGAUGGGUCCGUUCGAAGACAGGACAUCUUUUACUGCGGCAAGCUGUGGAAUACCUUUCACUCACCAGAGUUGGUGAGGCCGGCCUUGGAGAGGACACUGGAAGCCUUAAAACUAGACUACCUGGAUCUCUACAUCGUUGAGCUUCCCAUAGCCUUCAAGCCUGGAAAUGAUUUCUAUCCAAAAGACGGGGACGGGAAUUACAUCUACCACCACACAGACCUCUGUGCAACAUGGGAGGCUUUGGAGGCCUGCAAAGACGCAGGACUUGUAAAGUCUCUCGGAGUCUCCAACUUCAACCGCAGGCAGCUGGAGCUGCUGCUCAAUAAACCUGGCCUCAGACACAAACCUGUAUCCAACCAGGUCGAGUGCCACCCAUAUUUCACACAGCCCAAGCUUCUGGAGUUCUGUCGUCAGCACAACAUUGUGAUCGUUGGCUACUGCCCACUCGGCUCCUCCAGAGACGCCUCCUGGGUGAAUGUGAAAUGUCCCCCCCUGCUGGAGGACGAGCUGCUUGUUUCCAUUGGGAAAAAAUACAACAAGAGCAGUGCUCAGGUGACUCUGCGCUUCAAUGUCCAGAGAGGAGUGGUCGUGAUCCCCAAGAGCUUCAGUCCCGAAAGGAUCAAACACAACUUCCAUAUAUUUGAUUUUUCACUCACCGAGGAAGAAAUGAAAGCCAUCGAAGCACUGAACAAAAAUAUCCGUUUCGUGGAGCUGCUGAUGUGGAGUGACCAUCCAGAAUACCCAUUUCACGAUGAAUAUUAAAGUUUGUGUUUCAUUUCUCGUCAUGUCGCGCCUUUUUUUUUUUACACAGUAAUCAGAACAAAACCUGGCGUCAGCAUGAUUUUUAGAGUUGAAGGUUUGUCCCGGAACAUUUUCACUCUAAACACUAGAGGGCCCUAAUUCGAAGUGAAUGGAAACAUAAAAUGAUAAAUAAAAGAAACUGGGAAUAUACAGCUAUGAUGAAAAUUGGCAAAGUGUAUAUUUGUUGCAUAUUAGUUUCAUAUGAGUCUCAAAUGGUGCUUGUGUAAUACUCAAGGAAUUUCAUUGUUAACUUGCACCUGCUUUGAGAUGGACUGAAUCAGUGGGUCGUAUAAAAAAGUGUGAUCUAAAAAUAAGACUAUUUGAAGUGAAAGUAAUAAAAUACAUCAUCUGCUGAUGAAUACAUACAGUAUGCAUUAUUACUUCUCUGGUUUGUUUAAGAAGUCAUUUGUCCAAGCAGCGUCUGAUUCCCCAUUAUGUAAGUGUUGUAUUAAAAUAAAAAUUGGACAUCCUUUGAUUUUA